AUGAACCCUAACCCUAUUCCCACCGCCUCCGUCACCGCCACCGUCACCGCCGCCACCAAUGAAGAUCAGAGCUCAAAAACAACGACCGAAGAGACCGACCAAACCAGCAACCAAAUGGGUAGUGGGCGCUCCUACGAGUGCGUAUUUUGCAAACGAGGAUUCACGACAGCUCAAGCCCUUGGCGGGCACAUGAAUAUCCACCGUAAAGAUCGUGUCAAAGCCAAAACUACUUCUCCCUCUAAGCCCGAACUCUUCAAUAACCAUCCUUCGCACCACCCUUUUCAAACCUAUUUCCCCCCUUCUUCCUCUUGGUAUUUGGGUUCUUCUACUACGCCACCCCAUGAUCAUCAAUUCUCGAACGACACCAACAAUCCUCAAUAUUUGAAUGCUUUCAACAUGAGCCUAGCCUCGCGAUCGUCGCCUGCCCUUGCUUCGACCGAUCGUCGAGAGAAGAGAUCAGAUGACAAUAGUGGUGAGAACGAUGAUGAUAAUCACGAUGAACUUGAUUUGGAGCUUCGACUCGGCCAUGAUCGGUAG